AUGGACAAGAUCAAGGAGCGUAUGAACGCCCUCCGCGUCGAGGCUGACGAGGCCCACGACCAGGUUGAGGAGCUGAAGGCCAAGGUCAAGACCCUGGAGCAGGAAAACCUGUCCAAGGAGCAGGAGAUCACAUCCCUCAACCACCGCAACCAGCUGCUCGAGGAGGAGGUCGAGAAGCUUGAGUCCUCCGUCAAGGAUGCCAAGGAUGCCGCCAACCAGAGUGCCCAGCACGACACCCAGAACGAGGCUCUUCAGCGACGGGUCCAGCUCCUCGAGGAGGAGGCUGAGGAGAACGACCGGACUCUGCGGGAGACGAACGAGAAGCUCCGCCAAACCGACGUCAAGGCUGGCCACUACGAGCGCAAGGUGCAGGCACUCGAGACAGAGCGCGACCAGUGGGAGUCCAAGUACGAGGAGAUGGCCAAGAAACACGCCGAGUUACAGAAGGAUCUCCACGACCUCGAAGUCUCCAUCAGCAACGUCUAA